GCACCCGCUACGCUUCACCUUUGGAAGCAGCGGGCACGCGGAGCUGCUGGAGAGGUGGAGAGUCGAGGUGCCCUUUCCUGUUUGAAGUGGGAGAAGAGUGCCCCAGGUGCCCCCAGGCCUUUCAACUCCCACCAUCCCCAUUCUCAGCUCCCUCAGAGGGAACCCGUGUCUUGGGUGACGUCAGAUCUCUGGAUUCUGGAGCCUGGGCCUUGGGCCCUCCAUCCCCCCACAACCCCACCUGACGUUCCCUGGAAACCGGCUUCCUUUUCCUGGGGAUGGCUCACGCGGCCGGGUAUGGGGGCGACUGGAGGCGAGUUCAGGACAAAGCUGAGGGCAGGCUGCUGGGCCAGCUGGUGCCAUCAUGGCAGAGAAAGUGAAUAACUUCCCACCACUGCCCAAAUUCAUCCCGCUGAAGCCAUGUUUCUACCAAGACUUUGAGGCAGACAUUCCUCCCCAGCAUCUCAGCAUGACCAAGCGCCUCUACUACCUCUGGAUGUUGAACAGCGUCACGCUGGCCGUGAACCUGGUGGGCUGUCUCGCGUGGCUGAUCGGAGGCGGGGGAGCCACCAACUUUGGCCUCGCCUUUCUCUGGCUCAUCCUCUUCACACCCUGCUCCUACGUCUGCUGGUUUCGGCCAAUAUACAAGGCCUUCAAGACUGACAGCUCCUUCAGCUUCAUGGCAUUCUUUUUCACCUUCAUGGCCCAGCUGGUCAUCAGCAUCAUCCAGGCUGUGGGCAUCCCAGGCUGGGGCGUCUGUGGCUGGAUUGCUACCAUCUCCUUCUUUGGAACGAACGUUGGCUCAGCGGUGGUGAUGCUCAUUCCUACUGUCAUGUUCACGGUCGUGGCUGUCUUUUCCUUCAUUGCCCUCAGCAUGGUUCAUAAAUUCUACCGGGGCAGUGGGGGUAGUUUCAGCAAAGCUCAAGAGGAGUGGACCACAGGAGCAUGGAAGAACCCACACGUGCAGCAGGCAGCCCAGAAUGCAGCCAUGGGGGCAGCCCAGGGUGCCAUGAAUCAGCCGCAGACUCAGUAUUCCGCCACCCCCAACUACACGUACUCCAAUGAGAUGUGAGCCAGCUGAGCCUGCUAGGAGGCAGGGUUGAGGGCUUGUGGGACCAGGGCUCAAGCCACAUCAUUGUGUUGUGGUGACCAAGCAGGGUUACCCGUUCCCUUUUCUCCUGUCCCACUUUGUACAAAGAAUCACAUAUAUAUACAUAUACGUAUAUAUGUAUAUAUAUAUGCGCCAUGGGGAGGGCAUAUGUAUAUGUAUAUGUAUAUGUAUAUGUAUAUGUAUAUGUAUAUGUAUAUGUAUAUGUAUAUGUAUAUAUAUGUAUAUGUCUAUCCCCCCGUCCCCUUUGGAUUCUGCUCUGAGCAUUCUGAGAGCUGUGGGCUACACGUAGAGCUGUCCCAUAUGGUGGUAGCUAUGUACAUGUCCCCUUGUGUAAUAGUGUGCAGUGGAGGUCUCUGUUGUGGUGCUAGAUGUAUGUUUAGAACUAAACCAGCCCCCUACCCUCCCCCAGGCUACCCGCUUUGACCUUGGCCCAAGGACACCUCAUGAGGCAAGGGAGACAUAGCAGAGAGAGCCUAGCCCCCUACCCAGUGUUAUGAGCUGAAACUUAUCACUUUUGGUCUUACUAGGAAGCAACUCACGAUGGUGGUGGGUGGGAGGGUGGGGACAGGCAGGGAAUCUUUCCUUGCUCCUUCUGAUCUGGGUCCCCUCUCCCUCACUUCUUCCCCUCUUUUCUUCCUGCUGUCACAUUCCCUGUGGUCUCUUCUCUUGUCCAAGGUCUCUUUCCUCCCCAUCUGGCUUCUCUUUGUCUUCCCCAAGGCUGAAUGUCCCAGUUGUAUCUGCUCCCGAGACUGAGCCCAUUCCCGGGACAAGGAAGUAGGCGCUAAGCUUUAGCCCUGAUGUGGGAGGACACACGGAUGCAGAGCCCCCCUAGGCACCUGGCUCCCAGGGAAUGGCAAUGCAGGGUCAUCUCCCUCACUGUCAGAGCUUGGCCUGUUGGGGCAGGAUCCUCUUUUCCCUACCCUGUUUACCCUCCUUCUCUGUUUACCCCAUAAGCCCCUCUGCCUAUGUCCCUCCGUAAACCCCCAGAUGCUGUGGCCUGAUGCUCCUACCCUACCUCCAUCCCGUGCCAGGUGGCAUCUGCCAUCCAUAAGGGCAGAUUCCGCUGCCUUCCCUGAAGAACUGGGGGUGUUGUCCAGGCAAUUUUCAAGCAAAGGUACAGCUGGAAGAGAGGAUAUGUAAAUAAUUAUUGGUUCAUGGGUAAGGUUUGGCUAGUUCAAGCCCCCUGGGAGGUACUAGGUAUCUCUGGAUUCCUGGCAGCAGUAGCUGUUCAGUGUGAGCAGAAGGGACAGGCUCAGAGGGCUGGGCAUGGAAGGAUUAUCAGAGGAGAGGGCAGGCAGGGCCCAGUGAGAGGGGAACAUGCCUUCCCCAUGCAAGUUAGCUCUUGGUCACAGGGCAGUUCUGGACACUUGAACUAAGGGCCCAAGAAGAAGCACAGGCCCAAUACUAUCUGCAGGCGUAAUGGCUGGAAUGGGAUUUCAGUUUAGGUGUGGUGGGAGGGGAGGCUCCCUGGCUUUUUUUCCGUGCCGCCCCCCCCCCCGCCCCCCCAAUUCAAGAUAACUUACAUCCUUUGCCUACUGGCCUUAGUUCUUGGCCCUUCCUCACACUGCCAGAACACUUUUCCCUUCUUAGGCAGUGAUUUCUGGCCUAUAGAGCUGUUCUUUUCCAAGCAUUGUGAGAAUGUUGCUGGUAAAGACCCUGGCGGGGAGUGGAUUCUCACUUAAGGAGUGGAUUCUCACUUAAGGAGUAGCUGCCCGUUUCCCGCCCUCGCUUCUACUUGUGUGUUUGGCCUGAAAAACCAAACCCUGCUUGGAAAUUCUGGGCUGGCUCCAGCUUGAAACCAAGCACCUGGGCUUCUAGGUACAAUCCUUAGCUUUGAGCCCCAAUACGUCAUUUUCUUAUAAGGAGAGCCAGGGUUCUGGAAAGUUCCCUUCCUAAUGGUCCCUCAGGCUUGGGCCAGCCUGUGAUUGGCUCUUUCCUCUAUAGCACUUUUUCUCUGGAAAGCAUUUGUCAGAGUCCCCAAUACCUGAAAAGAGUCCCUAGCUCUAGACCCUUCCUCCCCUGUCCUCUCCCCAACUCCAGGCCUCUGGCCCUCUUUCUCUUAGUCUCUCUGGUAGCUCCAAGAAGCCUGUGGUCCAGCUGCCAGCCAGGAUCCAUGACCUGUUGGUUGUCACCUCCAGUCAAUUUCCUGCCCUACCUGUCUUUCCUCUUUCCUGGCUCAGACCUAUAUGGCCAUUCCCUGACUCUGCCCUUGGAAAGGCCUGCUACUUGUAUGUGGCACAGCUUGUCCAGGCCCUGGGAUCUCCAGGCAACUAUGCACUUCCCUGGGGAGGGAACCAGUUUGAGAAGUGGGGGCUGGGCACAGGUUCAUCUCUGCUGGAUGGUCUUGGGGUUGGGUUGGAGGAAAGCCCAGGUUAUUUCUGGAAUCCUCAGGUCUAUGGCCAGCCAGUGACCUACUUUUGUAUUCUGCUGGUGCCCACUGCUCUUCCUUGUUUCUGGGAGACACAGACCAUUCUCCAUCUGGCAGUUGACCAGCCUGAGCCGGUGUGUCUGUCUGUGGUAACUGAGUGAACUAUAAUAAAGGAGAUAUUUGGCCAUAUGUA